GAAGUUUGCACAGUGAUUCGCCGCUGGUUUGAACCGGUUUCUCGUAAGUAACCCUCACUCUCUCUCACUCUGUCUCUGGUUCUGCUUCUGCUUCUGUGUGCGCUCUCGUUUCACCCUCUCUCUUUUCAACGCUUCGAUUACGCACCCAGAUCUCACUAUCAACCCUUUUCCUUCUCGUUCUCACUUCGUUGCAACCGCUUCGCUACUUCAUCUUCUCCGUCUUCCCUUUUUCCUGGUUCAAUUUCUUUCCUCUAUGCUGUAGCUUCAGCUGGGUUUUGUUGGGUACUGAAAGCCCUAGAAAUGAGUCACACAACAAGCAGGAAACCUCAGAACGGUCAUCACAAGCAAGACGAUUCACCUUCUGCUGAUGGGUCUGUUGGAAAAGGAGAGAACUCGCUCUCUGAUGCAGCUGCAGCAGUAGCAGACUCUGACACCCUUCAACCUGAAGCCAAGCAGAAAAGGGCCAGGGUGCAGAAGGAGUUGACUUUUCAGGACAUUUGUCAGAAUCAAGACAUAUUUGACGAUGACGAUGAGGAUGACAUUGAUUGGGAGCCGGUUCCGGUUCCACUGGAGGAGGUUGUGGAAGUCACAAAGUGGGUCUGCAAAAAUUGUACCGGGAUUAGCCUCAGUCAUUAUGACUGUUGUAUGAUAUGUGGGGAACAUAAGGAUUCGAAAAUCGUGAGCCGUGGUUUUUUCGCAUCUCCGUUUGCGCAAGAUGAUGAUUCGGCAGUGGUCCAGUCAAAUGCAAAAGAUGUUAGUUCGCAAGAAUCAGCGGCAAAUAGUUCUACGGCUAUCGGCUUUGAUGAGAGAAUGUUGUUACAUGAAGAAGCUGACAAGAAAUCACAUCCACAUCCAGAAAGGCCAGAUCGUCUUCGAGCCAUUGCUGCUAGUCUUGCUAGAGCUGGUAUUUUUCCUGGGAGAUGCUAUCCAAUUCCUGCUCGAGAAAUCACUCGAAAAGAACUUACAACGGUUCAUUCGUUGGAGCAUAUUGAUUCCGUUGAAGUUACAAGCAGUUUAUUAUCUAGUUAUUUCACUGCUGACACAUAUGCCAAUGAGCACUCCGCAUGUGCUGCUAGGUUAGCAGCUGGAUUAUGUGCUGAUCUGGCAUCAGAAAUUGUUUCUGGACGUGUCAAAAAUGGAUUUGCUUUGGUUAGGCCUCCUGGUCAUCAUGCUGGUGUAAGAAAUGCGAUGGGGUUCUGCCUUCACAAUAAUGCUGCAGUGGCAGCAAUGACAGCUCAGAUUUCAGGAGCUAGGAAGGUGCUAAUUUUAGAUUGGGAUGUCCAUCAUGGAAAUGGGACACAGGAAAUAUUUGAGAAUAACCCAAGCGUCUUGUAUAUAUCAUUGCAUAGACAUGAGGGAGGAGCAUUCUAUCCUGGUACUGGAGCUGCCGUUGAGGUUGGUAGUAUGGGGGCAGAAGGGUACUGUGUGAAUAUUCCGUGGAGUCGAGGAGGAGUGGGUGAUAAUGAUUACAGUUUUGCAUUUCAGCAUGUUGUCCUUCCUAUAGCUUCUGAGUUUGCUCCAGAUUUUACCAUAAUAUCAGCUGGAUUUGAUGCUGCAAGAGGAGAUCCCCUAGGAUGUUGUGAUGUUACACCCACCGGCUAUGCACAUAUGACGCACAUGUUAAAGGGCAUUUCUGGUGGAAAAUUGCUUGUUAUUCUUGAGGGGGGCUAUAAUCUUCGUUCUAUAUCAUCGUCUGCAACUGCAGUAAUCAAGGUACUGCUGGGUGAGGAUCCAGGACGUGAACUGGAAAAUAGUUUCCCUUCCAAAGCUGGCAUACAAACUGUACUGGAAGUCCUCAAAAUUCAGUUGAAUUAUUGGCCUUCCUUGGGACCUAUAUUUUCAAAUUUGCAGUCACAGUGGAGAAUGUACUGUCUUGGGAAAAAAAGAAAACAGAUCAAGAAGAGACGCCGAAUUCUGGCCCCAAAGUGGUGGAGGCUGGGGCGAAAAAGUUUCUUAUUCCAUUACCUGAACGGCCAUUAUCUUGGUGGAAAGUCAAAUUGAUUUCUGUUAAUUGGUGAAUUUUGAAGAACAUGAAUACCAAGAAAUUGUCUGCAUGUUGUAUAUUCCAUCUUGAUUCUGGACAAUGUGAUUUUUUGUAUGACCUUGGAAACCUGAUAGAUUUUGCAGGAGUUUGAGACCAAUUGGGAAAAGGUAGGAAGUGAUGUAAAUUACUGCCCUGUUUGAAUAUUUUAGAAGUUUUGGUAGCUUUUUUGGACGAGAUGUUAUGAGUGAGAAGAUGAAGAUGGAAACUGAGACCAAAGAAUCAAUUCUUCCCUCCUUGACAUGUGUAGAAAUUUUGCAUGUCUUACACUUGAUCUAACAUGAAUUUGAAUGAAGAUCACGUUACUUAUUUUAA